AUGAUUGAGAGUGGACGCCAUUACAGCACAUCACAGAGAGACUUGAGAGAACAGAUAACCUUUACUAGCUUUACGCAUUCAGAAGCUUCUGAUGAAGUGACUCCAGUCACGAAAUGCGAUAAUGAAGAGAUCCUUGCUGAACUGUACGUACUUGAACGCGUUUCUGGCCACGACAAUUUCCCUGCCUUUUAUGGAGCCUUUUAUCUACGGCCCAGCAUUUCAAAUGAAGAGGCGCUAUGGAUUGCUAUGACAAUGUGUGCUGGUGGCUCCGUAGACGCCUUAAUUAGGAGCACGCCCAAUAGAUCCUUGGAUGAGACCUGGAUUUCAUACAUAUGCAAGAAAGUUUUACAGGGCCUGGAUUACUUACAGGAACUGAACGUGAUACAUCAUGAUCUCAAGGGCGCCAAUAUAAUGUUAACUUCUACGGCCCGUGUGAAGAUAAUUGAUUUUGGCCUUGCCACAAUAGGGCCCAUCAGUACAAGUAAUGCAGGAACCCGCUGUUGGAUGGCACCUGAAGUCCAUGCAUGUUUUACAAGAAGUGUACAUUAUAACUACAAGGUGGAUGUGUGGUCUUUAGGAAUCACAGCCAUAGAAAUGGCAGAAUACAAUCCUCCACACAUUAAACUCCGUGGUGCUGAGCUUUCCGAAAGGAUUAUGAAUGGUCCAGCUCCAGCUCUAAAAGAGGACAUAUGGUGAGUCAUUUUUUUUUUUUUUUACAGAAAUAGGACUUAAG